AUGGCCUUUCAAUCAGAGCAGAUCUGGGUCAGAUCUGACCUUGCCAUAGUCAGAAAGGAUGGUGAAGCGUCGCUGCCUCCUCCGUCCCUCAAUGGCACCGGCUUGUACCUGUUCAUCCGAACCAGAUGGGUGCACGGCGGUAAGGAGAAGGACACACGCGGGACUGUCCGGAUGGUCCGCUGGAAGGCUUUGUCGGAUGCUCUCCCUGUAUCAGAGCUGGUUAUUGCGAGAGGUAUGAAAUGUGAUGAAAGGUGUCGGGUCGCUGGGAGAGAAGGUGAAUCUAUCAAUCAUGUUCUGUUCCAGUGUGAUAUAGCGAGACAGAACUGGGCGCUUUCGUACAUCCCUAUGCCGCCGAAAGGAUGGUUGGAGAGAUCCAUCUAUGAUAAUAUUUCUUAUAUGCUGUCGAUGAGCAAGAAUGUGAAGAUAGAGGGAAGAAUGGAGAUGGAGGAAGCGGUAUGUCCGUUUGAAGCCUGCCCUCCAUUCAUUGCGCCUCCAAAAGAUUGGGUGAGAUGUGAGAUAGGAAUGGAGUGGUCUAGAGGGAGUUCAUAUACAGUAUUGGAGGCUAAGCUUCAAGUCUAUAUGUGGGUAGUGGAAAGUAUGAGAUGUCUCAGAUAUCAAAAGGUGAUAUUCUCUUCUACUUUUGAUGAUCUGUCUGAAACGGUGGUUAAGCCUUGGCUGUGGCCGGCUCUGCAAUUUGAAGCUUCAGAGCUAAGGAAGGAGUUGCAGAGUGUGGUUAACUUUGGGUUAACACAGUCCUAUGUUGCCUCUGGUCAUCCUCAGUGGUUGGACAAGUUUAGCACUCUUGGUGGUGGUUAG